UAUGCUAGUAUAGACAUACCUGACGUUUGACUGACCUUGUCUCUCCUCUCUCUCUGCAGGUUAUGCUUCAUAGUUGCUCUAGGUUACCUCAGCUUCUGUCAGAUCACCCGGGUCUACGUCUUCGACUACGGCAUGUACUCUGCAGACUUCACCGGGUAAGUAUUAGGUGUUGUGUUGACAAUCAAUGACAUUCAAUUACAUUCAUAGGCAUUGGCAUGGAAAACCAGCAAACCUGGUGGUCAUCAAAAACAGGAGUUGAAUGACCAUGGGAGUCUAAAUAUCACUAGUACCACAUAUCCAGCUGAGAAGAAAAUCCCAAACUCCAACAACUUUUUCAUACACUUAAAUGUUGUGUAAUAACAGGAUGUUGAAUCUAGUGAAUGGGGAGUGUCAGUGAAUGGUUGUGUCGCAGUAUUAUCGGUACCCCAGGGGUACAUUGUUCCACCUCCUCCGGAGUGUCUGGUGAACCAGACAGCCACACACACGCGCUAGGGCGGGGGUGGCCAGUUGCUAAGCAACCCCAGUAGGAGACCCAUGGCAUCACAAGUGCAGACCUCCCUCUUUUCAUUUCUUCUUUCAUCCUCUCCAUUCCUUUCUUCUCUAGUUUUUUUCCUCGUACUCAUCUUUUUUCAUGAAAUGCCAGUGACUAAAAGUUUGGAAAUAUCUAAGGCCGUGUCAUUUCAUGCAGCUUUUGUAUUCUGAUCAUAGAAUUCCGAACAUGUCAUACGUCUACACCUACAUUUAAAUGUAUCUACCGUGCCCACAUUGUGUCGGAAUUCCCGCUAUUUUCAAAUGUAGCAUGCAUUCUGCAAACGGUGGAACAGGCUAAAUCUGAUAAUAACAAAACAACAACUUGAUGGCAGUAGCCAACUACUGUAGCUAACUAGCCAGCUAACCUCUUUAACUAGCCAGCAAGCUAGCUAGCAAAGCUAACGGGAUUGCAAACAGGUUAGGAUAACUCUAGCAUCAUAUUUUUUCUAAGUAAGCUAGCUGGCUAGCAUUUAUGAAGCCUGCAAACAUGUUCCUCACACGCUAGGAAUGUUAUCUUCCAACGUUUAAUGAAAGAAGGUGCAUCUCGCUCCCAAAACAUACGUUUUCUGGAUACUUGUGGGUGGAGUGCUAAUGCCGUCGCCCACUGUAUGCGCUUUCGGUAGCCUGAUUUGCAUCCAGACUGAGGAGAAAUCUGCACACAAUGCGUCUCUGAUCACCUCCUGAAGUGGCCAGCCAGAUCUGAACACAAUAUGACCACAAUGCAACUUGAGCAUCUAGACCUGUCUUUUCAAUGCGAUCGUCGUAUUCUGAUAGCAGAAGUCGCAUGUAAGUGUCAAGUGUAGAAAAGUCACGGAAUAUCAUCAAGUCAACCCUAAUUGAAUAUUUGUAGUUUCUCUCUGGCUUGGACGAUUAGGGCACAAUCUAUUCCACACAACAUAUUAAUCUGCUACCAGUUAUAACCUGAUACAAGCUUUUGGGUGUUAUAUCAUUUUGAACAACUGAUUUUCUGUGCAACCUUACAGCUAAUGAAUCUUAACAUUUUUAAGGAUUGUCUUUAAGAUUUCACCCCACAGUUCUUCUCUGUCACAUGGUAUUACAUACUUGACACUGUGCCAUGUUGUCUUUAGGGGAUGUACAAAAGCAUACCCAUACUUAAUAGCAGCAAGAAGUCAGUCAGUUGCAUUACACAGAGUGAUGGUCUGCUAAUGCAUGUUCGCUACAGCAGUGCUCCCAGUGCGUGAUGGUAAAUGAAUAAUGUAUGCCUGAUGGAGAUGGAUGUUAUUUUAUGGGAUGUUUAUAUAAUAUGUAACGAGAAGAAGCUUGUUCCAGUGUAGGUGAGCAGAGGCAGUCGGGUGAUUAUAAGUUGAUGUGAUUGGUUCCUCUCCUCUCCUGUGUUUCUCCUAUAGGCCAAUGAUGGUCAUCACUCAGAAGAUCACCAGCUUGGCGUUUGAGAUACACGACGGUGAGACGUGUGUGUGUGUGUACUUGUGUGUCUCUAACUAAGGAACUGAGUCAUGGUGAUAGAACAUAUCAUUUUGUCAUUGAUAAGGCUAUCAAGGCAGGUGCCUGGGAGAUGAAAGCAGCAGCAGAGAGAUAACACAGUGCUGCUCUAUUUCCUCUCGCCCAGCCAGCUAAAGCUAUGCAUAGUGAAUACGAUCUGCAGUCCCCUUUUGAAUAGAAACAAGAAGUCAGAGGGGAUAUGAACGUCCCAUUUUAUUGUUUUGGUUUCAUCUGCAAGGUAUUUUCGAAGGCGAGUUUCCAUGUGUGUGUUUGUCUCCUUUUCACCUUGCAGACAAUAAAUAGUCCAAUUUAUAUCCAGUUUCUCAUUUUAUAAUUUUUUAAUUGAAAAUAAACAAUAUAUACCUUCAAAUUGGUUUACAUUUUUAAAACCUCUCUUUGGGAACAGUAUAUUUCAUAAUACAGUAUUGAUACUGUAGUGCUUGUAUGGUGAGUAUGAAAAAUGUAUGCACUCACUAACUGUAAGUCGCUCUGGAUAAGAGCGUCUGCUAAAUGACUCAAAUGUAAAAAUGUGAGGAAUUUUUACAGAGUGGACUCAGUCAAGUGAGCAGGGGUGGCUUUGUAAACAAGCUUAUGUAACGAGGAACGUUACACACUCUCCCUUCCUCUCCAAGUUCCUCUGUAAGCCUUUUCCUCUCCCCUACACCAAAUCAUCCAUAAUGUCAGAUACUGUAUGCAUAGAGAGAAGUGUGUGUCUGUGUGUGUGUGCGUCAGUGUGGUGAAUGGGGAUUACAUGGCUGUACUCCUUUGAAGUCCUGUAAAGUAGAGCACCAGUUUUGGAAGUCUAGAAGUAGCCAAUAGGCCACAGCAGCUAAUUAAGGAUGGGGAGAUGGGCGACAGGAUUAGAAUGAACGAGUGUAAGAGAGGCUUAGGGGAGUUGAGGCUGACCAGCUCCUCCACUUCAGUCACAUGGCUUCAGGUGGUGUGUGUGUGUGUGUGUGUGUGUGUGUGUGCGUGCGUGCGCAUCAAGUGUUUUAAUUGCAGUGUAGUCUACUGAUACUCCUCAUAAGUAAUGAACAUCUAAGACCAUAAUCCCUAUUAUGUCUGUGAUGUCACAAUGAACACUGCAUGUUCUUUUUCUGUAGAGGGAAUCAUGUAAUGCAGUGGUAUUUAAACUUUUUCAGUGGGGACCCCAUGUUUUUCACCGGAAAUUAUGGGGACUUUUUUUUUAAACAAUUUCUGGCGACUCCACCUCAAAUCUAAUGAUGCAACCUUAAAAUCGUAAAAUUCUGAUUUUUACAUCAACAAAUACAUUUUUAUCUCUUAUCAAAAUGAAAAUAAUCCAAUAAAUACAUUUACUCAAUAACAUUUUAUUUUUUAAAUGAUAUUCUUCAAAAACGUGUGUAUUGUCCCAUACAAUAAUAAGUACCGGUAAUCUUAAAAAUAAAAAAUAUAGUACGUGACGCAUAGUGUAAUCACUUGGGUGCAGAGUGUGCACCCAAGUGAAUGGGAAAGGUAGGCAACAUCAACAAUUAUGUACUCAAAAUGAUCAAAUUAGACUUUGCCCAUCUUUCCAAUUCAUUUGGGAUUGAGGCAUAUGGCUGGACCAACUAGCCAGUUUAUAAUAGCAAUAAGGCACCUCGGGGGUUUGUGGUAUAUGGCCAAUAUACCACGGCUAAGGGCUGUAUACAGGCACUCUGCUUAAGCAUCGUGCCUCAUUUUAUUUUUUAUUUCACCUUUAUUUAACCAGGUAAACCAGUUGAGAACAAGUUCUCAUUUACAACUGCGACCUGGCCAAGAUAAAGCAAAGCAGUGCGAUAAAAACAACAACACAGAGUUACAUAUGGGGUAAAACAAAACAAAGUCAAAAAUACAACAGAAAUACAUAUAUAUACAGUGUGUGCAAAUGUAGCAAGUUAUGGAGGUAAGGCAAUAAAUAGGCUAUAGUGCAAAAUAAUUACAAUUAGUAUUAACACUGGAAUGAUAGAUGUGCAAGAGAUGAUGUGCAAAUAGAGAUACUGGGGUACAAAUGAGCAAAAUAAAUAACAAUAUAGGGAUGAGGUAGUUGGGCGGGCUAAUUUCAGAUGGGCUGUGUACAGGUACAGUGAUCGGUAAGGUGCUCUGACAACUGAUGCUUAAAGUUAGUGAGGGAGAUAAGUGUCUCCAGCUUCAGAGAUUUUUGCAUUUCGUUCCAGUCAUUGGCAGCAGAGAACUGGAAGGAAUUGCGGCCAAAGGAGGUGUUGGCUUUGGGGAUGACCAGUGAGAUAUACCUGCUGGAGCGCAGACUACGGGUGGGUGUUGCUAUGGUGACCAAUGAGCUAAGAUAAGGCGGGGAUUUGCCUAGCAGUGAUUUAUAGAUGACCUGGAGCCAGUGGGUUUGGCGACGAAUAUGUAGUGAGGACCAGCCAACAAGAGCGUACAGGUCACAGUGGUGGGUAGUAUAUGGGGCUUUGGAGACAAAACGGAUGGCACUGUGAUAGACUACAUCCAAUUUGCUGAGUAGAGUGUUGGAGGCUAUUUUGUAAAUGACAUCGCCGAAGUCAAGGAUCGGUAGGAUAGUCAGUUUUACGAGGGCAUGUUUGGCAGCAUGAGUGAAGGAGGCUUUGUUGCGAAAUAGGAAACCGAUUCUAGAUUUAACUUUGGAUUGGAGAUUCUUAAUGUGAGUCUGGAAGGAGAGUUUACAGUCUAACCAGACACCUAGAUAUUUGUAGUUGUCCACAUACUCUAGGUCAGACCCGUCGAGAGUAGUGAUUCUAGUCGGGUGGGCGGGUGCAAGCAGCGUUCGGUUGAAGAGCAUGCAUUUAGUUUUACUAGUGUUUAAGAGCAGUUGGAGGCUACUGAAGGAGUGUUGUAUGGCAUUGAAGCUCGUUUGGAGGUUUGUUAACACAGUGUCCAAUGAACAGUCGUUUCCCAUCUAGUAGAUACCCAUAGACUUCCAGUUAUUGUGCUAAAGCUAGUUAGCAUUGGCUCACGAAACUACCUUGAUCUUCCUUCAUACUGAACACAGACACAUACAAAUUAUAUCCAUGAGUUCAUCUGACUAUGGGGAAGUAGAUCAAUGCCAAAAUCCCGAAGUAUCCCUUUUAAGGUCUUACAGUUGCGUGUGUGGUUUUUGCAGCUGUUUGGUUUUAAUGAGUGCAUUUCGCAAGUGGCUAGUUUGCAUAAACUACCUUAACAAACAACUGAAAAGGUUUUGCCUGCAAACUUUGGUUUUGAAUCGUGACGUUCUGGCAUGUCUGCCUCGUGAUUUGUUGGGAGAGUCCCCGGUAUAUUUAUUCUUAUCGAUGUAGACCGUGACGUAGUUCCUCUAUGCCAAAAGAGUCCAUCAUUGAAACCAGACCCUAGUUACUGUGUUGCCUAGGGUCGGGUUUUCAAGACUACCUCAGUCUCACUACCGCUAGCACUCUGACUGAGGCAGAUGGAGAUGGGCUCAGGCCAUAGCUGAUUUAGGCACUGUACAUUUUAGGGGAAGAGAACAAAACCACAAAUCACCACUGACAAUGCUAGCACGGAGCUAGCUAACACAGUUGAUCUGUGUACUAGGUCAUUUUCCCUUUAAGUCUGUUUUUCCCUCUUUUUCUCUCUCUUUCUGUGCCGCACACAUUUGUAGCUGAAGAAAUGUUUUGCAUAUGACUUAUUCCAAUUAUUAAAUGUUGCUGAGUGACCAAGGGAGCACACAGCAAUUAGGCUAGCCUGUAGCUGCUGUGCUGGAGUGAUCUGAUCUCAAAUUAGGCUAUAUUACCACAUAGGGUUGCAAAAUUCCGGUAACUCUCCUAAAUUUCUGGUUGGAGGAUUCCCGGGAUUCCUGCUUAUUCCUUUGUAAUUCCAGGAAUCUUCCAACCAGGAUUUCUGGAAAACCGGGGAAUUUUGGGAAAGUCACCAGAAUUUUGCAACCCUAUUACCACAUCAAUUUACUGUAUCUCUGAAUGGUAUGCUCAGAGAUAUAUGGUUUAUUAUAUUUCUUUGGUUAGACUAUAACAACAAGCCUGUGGUCAUACAGCAUCAUGUUUAACGGCAUCUAAGGUUCCAAAGUGAAUUAAGCAAUAAGGCCGGAUGAGGUGUGGUAUAUUGGCCAUAUACCACAAACCCCCAAGGUGCUUUAUUGCUAUUAUAAACUGGUUACCAACUAAACUAAACAGUAAACAAGUAUUUUUGCGUCAUACCCUUGGUAUAUUGUCUGAUAUACCACAGCUUUUAGCCAAACAGCAUCCAGGACCCAAACGACCCGGGUUAAAAUAGGAUAUAAGGAGAGAAGAGACUGGCUUCCUCCCAAAUGGCACCCUAUUCCCUAUGCAGUGCACUACUUUUGACCAGGGGCCCAUCAAAAGCAGUGCACUAUAUUGGGAAUAGGGUACCAUUUGGGACGCAGACACUGUUUAGCGUUGAGCCAUAAUGAGUCUGAACCUGCAGAACGGAUCAGUGUGAAUCACUGAGUGUGUAAUUAUAUGAGUGGUUCUGAUAACAGCUUGGCUUCACCCCUAAAACAACAUCAGUCUGAGACGCUAGUGCUACAGCUUUCAGCUUGAUGAGUCUCACUAGCUUAGCUCUCAUGACCCUGUGCUGAAUUUUUUUUUUUUACUCUAUUGUAUUGCAAUCAACACCUGAUAAGUGAAUAAUAUUUUGUCAAAUUCAAAUGCAUAUAUACUUCUUACUUACUGUAUUAAGAGUUGACUAUAUAUAUAUUUUUAAAACGGUUGUCAAAGGGUUGUGAUUGGUUGGGUGCAGUCAUGUGACCACACUCUCUGUGUUCCCAUAGGCUUGAUGAGGAAGGAGGAGCAGCUGACCCCCAGUCAGAGAUGCCUAGCUGUAAGGUAUGUGUUUCAGGUAUGUUUUUACUCUCCCAGCUUGACUAGAGACAGUUCUAUUGCCGUACUCAAGAAAGCUAUGAGCUAGGUAGUAAUAUGCUUCCUGGGAGGGGGCUGUUUUAUUUAUUUAUUUUAUUCAAUUUAUUUGACCAUUUUAAAAGCACAAUACAACCACAGGUGGACACAAUGCAUUUAAAAUAAUCGAGGAUGAAACAAUUGUAUUGUUUUUAAGCGUAUUUCCAUUGUGGUCCCCCUUGUAAAUACAUACACAAGAUUAUAACAUUAAAAUAAAUACGGUCACUGGGAAAGCUUAUGGUAGCCACCAGCCAGUACUCAUGUCACAUGUGCAUUGUGUUGUACAGUGAUAUUUGUUCUGUUCCUUUCUUUCUUGGCUUUCUUCUUUCUCGCUCUCUCUCCCAUUGUAUCAAACAUGUUUUUUUUUUUUCUACUUAUACUCUGAAUCUAUAACAAUAUUGAGUGAGAAUCUUGAAUGCUUUGGACACAAGGAAAGAUCAUGUAGGCACUAGGCACCAUGCAAAAUGUAGCUCACAACAGGAUAUUUGCUUCUAAAGAGGAAGAAGAUGGAAAUGAUUGUCUCUGGAGGAAUCUUAUCUUAUUCUGUUUUCUUCACAUUAAAUUACUGAGAACAUAAUGCUCUUGGUAUCAACAAUUAGAGCGGUUAUUAUGAAUUAAACACCCCAGGGCUCCUCUCACAGUCACAGGGGCUGUGAAGGAGUUUGUAUCCCUGCUCCAAAGGGUACCCAGCUGUUGCAUGGCAACCGGACGUACUGUACGUCCCUUGUCAUGUGACCAGGGUAGUCCAGGGCUCCAGACUAACAUUUUCCCCUGGUGGCAUUGAUGCCACUAGCUUUUUCAGUGGGUGGCACCAGUUCAUGAUUUGGUGACCGUGCUUUGAGCUCAAUAAUUAUUUGUUGAGAAAAUCAAAUUAUACCUACAGAAAGCUGAGACCAUCCUCUCUUUAAUAUGGACAAGUAGUUGCUUCCAAAGCUGUUUUUUUUUCCCUCAAUUGCACAAUGACAAGGGGCACACGAGGGGGGAGAGAGAGUGUGUUAGGCUCGCUCAUUACAGCAGCCGGCCCCAGCGAAACAGGCAGGCACAGCGGCAGGGCAGAAACUUUCAUUACAGGAAUCAGGAUAAUGCAGUUUGUUUAACAAAUUCAUGGUUUUAUCUGCCCAAAAAAUAGGACAUUUUGAUUGAGGUGACCAGGUAGAAUGUACAGCUCGCACCAGUGGCGAACAAUUAUAAAUGUAACUCAGCCAAGUUAAAGGGUCGCAAAAUGUGACUAAAUGGUCGCAGUCUGGAGCCCUGCAGUCAGGAAGCUGUCAGAGACCAAGGAGUUUACACAAUGGGACCCCCAACUACUGUGUGAAAGGAAUUUAAUCUAAGUCAUUUUGGCAGUACUUUAACAAUGUAUGUGCAAGUUUAGUAGGACAUUGAACAAAAUUGUGCAAGUAAUCAUGAAAAGAACAACCAGAAAAAUACAAAUAUCAUUGUCAAAUCCGUCUUGGGAGAAACAUUAGAAGUUUGAAAUUCUGACAGAAUGCCACAGUUAAAAAUAUAUAAUAUAAUGUCAUCUGCUAAUGUGACCCCUAGAACACCACGACAGUCCAACCUAGCUAACCCUUUGGCCAAAGGACCGAAAUACCUUGGUCAUUGUGACUUGGCUGCUCACUCCGAGACAAACUCCAGGGAAGCGAGAAAUUAGCAACCAAAGUGUGUUCCCCAACCUUGCUGUACCUCCACCACCACACUCAGUUUGCACUUUGCAGGGAAAGGCCUCACUUACUCCCUCCAAAGAGCCAGAUUCCUACGAAGAACAGUGAAAUUUCCGGACAUAUCAUUAAAGAGGACGGUGUGUCAGUGGACGCUGAGAAGGUGGAGGCCAUUGCCAAGAUGAGCCAAGCUCAGCUAUCUCCCGAUUGGCGCAGUGGUCUAAGGCACUGCAUCGCAGUGCUAGCUGUGCCACUAGAGAUCCUGGUUCGAAUCCAGGCUCUGUCGUAGCCGGCCGCGACCGGGAGACCAUGGGGCGGCGCACAAUUGGUCCAGGGUAGGGGAGGGAAGGGCCGGCAGGGAUGUAGCCAGUGGUAACAGGGCUUUUGCAACCGGGGUUUUGGGUUUGAUUCCACGGGGGGCCAUUGAAAAAAAAAAAUAUAAUAAAAAAGUAUGCACUCACAACGUAAGUCGCUCUGAUAAAGCGUCUGCUAAAUGACUAAAAAGUAAAGAAAAGAAAGUAAUGCGGCCAGUGCAACAAAGCCCCUUUACAAAUCGGCUCCUAUAACUAAAAGCACCGCACCUAUCAAUUUGACAAAAGUCUAUGAAUGCUUGACUCUUCAUCAUGUCCCCACAAGACACCAUCCCAGACAUUUUCUUCAAGUCUUUUUUGCAUGUGCUGAAUUCACAAUCAUACUGUAUGUUUCUGCUGAGUCACCUCAGAGGGAAGACUAGGUCUCUACUCUUGUUGCUCUACUUGAUGGGCAUUCACUAUGGCCAUGCAAGAACGCUACAACAAAAGUGCUGACGCAUGGGCUAUUUGUUUCCAACCUAGGGUCAAAGCUGGGGUAGGGGUAAUAUUAACCCUACUUACCGUGCUAAAAGACCCAUGGAUAGGAGCGAGAUGAGGGUAAAGUUAGAUGGAGGUACAGUUGAAGUCGGAAGUUUACAUACACUUAAACUCCGUUUUUCACAAUUCCUGACAUUUAAUCCUAGUAAAAAUUCCCUGUCUUAGGUCAGUUAGGAUCACCACUUUAUUUUAAAAAAGAAUGUGAAAUGUCAGAAUAAUAGUAGAGAAUGAUUUAUUUCAGCUUUUAAUUUAUUUCAUCACAUUCCCAGUGGGUCAGAAGUUUACAUACACUCAAUUAGUAUUUGGUAGCAUUGCCUUUAAAUUGUUUAACUUGGGUCAAACGUUUUGGGUAGCCUUCCACAAGCUUCCCACAAUAAGUUGGGUGAAUUUUGGCCCAUUCCUCCUGACAGAGCUGGUGUAACUGAGUCAGGUUUGUAGGCCUCCUUGCUCGCACACGCCUUUUCAGUUCUGCCCACACAUUUUCUAUAGGAUUGAGGUCAGGGCUUUGUGAUGGCCACUCCAAUACCUUGACUUUGUUGUCCUUAAGGCAUUUUGCCACAACUUUGGAAGUAUGCUUGGGGUCAUUGUCCAUUUGGAAGACCCAUUUGCGACCAAGCUUUAACUUCCUGACUGAUGUCUUGAGAUGUUGCUUCAAUAUAUCCACAUAAUUUUCCUUCCUCAUGAUGCCAUCUAUUUUGUGAAGUGCACCAGUCCCUCCUACAGCAAAGCACCCCCACAGCAUGAUGCUGCCACCCCCGUGCUUCAAGGUUGGGAUGGUGUUCUUCAGCUUGCAAGGUACCCCCUUUUUCCUCCAAACAUAACGAUGGUCAUUAUGGCCAAACAGUUCUAUUUUUGUUUCAUCAGACCAGAGGACAUUUCUCCAAAAAGUACGAUCUUUGUCCCCAUGUGCAGUUGCAAACCGUAGUCUGUCUUUUUUAUGGCGGUUUUGUAGCAGUGGCUUCCUUGCUGAGCGGCCUUUCAGGUUAUGUCUAUAUAGGACUCGUUUUACUGUGGAUAUAGAUACUUUUGUACCGUUUCCUCCAGCAUCUUCACAAUGUCCUUGGCUGCUGUUCUGGGAUUGAUUUGCACUUUUCACACCAAAGUACGUUCAUCUCUAGGAGACACAACGCGUCUCCUUCCUGAGCGGUAUGACGGCUGCGUGGUCCCAUGGUGUUUAUACCUGCGUACUAUUGUUUGUACAGAUGAACGUGGUACCUUCAGGCAUUUGGAAAUGGCUACCAAGGAUGAACCAGACUUGUCGAGGUCUACAAUUAUUUUCCUGAGGUCUUGCCUGAUUUCUUUUGAUUUUCACAUGAUGUCAAGCAAAGAGGCACUGAGUUUGAAGGUAGGCCGCAGGUACACCUCCAAUUGACUCAAAUGAUGUCAAUUAGCCAAUCAGAAGCUUCUAAAGCCAUGACAUCAUUUUCUGGAAUUUCCCAAGCUGUUUAAAGGCACAGUCAACUUAGUGUAUGUAAACUUCUGACUCACUGGAAUUGUGAUACAAUGAAUUAUAAGUGAAAUAAUCUGUCUGUAAACAAUUGUUGGAAAAAUUACUUGUGUCUUGCACAAAGUAGAUGUCCUAACCGACUUGCCAAAACUAUAGUUUGUUAGCAAGAAAUUUGCGGAGUGGUUGAAAAACGAGUUUGAAUGACUCCAACCUAAGUGUAUGUAAACUUCCGACUUCAACCGUAGGUAAGGGUUUUUAGUUAAAUCUCUUUUGUUCUCAGAAAACGGCGUACAAUACGUCCAUGUUUUCUAGCGUGGCUGAUAGACGACCCUCAGCUUGGACCCGCUUUAUGCUAAAAGCUGCCUCUCUUUGACAUCUGUCUAGCAUCUCAUUCUCGUCUCGUCCUCUUCCCCCAGGAGGAUGCCCAGUCUGCUGGAGUACCUGAGCUACAACUGUAACUUCAUGGGCAUCCUGGCCGGGCCCACCUGCUCCUACAACGACUACAUGGCCUUCAUCGAGGGCACGGCCUACCAGCCUCGCCACCUGGAGGCCAACGGGAAGGAGAACGGGAAGUACAAGCAGACGGAGCCCUCGCCCAAGGUACCACAAUGCCGGUCGCUUAGUUAGAGCUCCCCCUACCAGAAUGAACCUAGUAGAAUAGAAUAGAUACUUUGUCAAUUUUUGUCUUCAACUGGUCCUGGGUUUUGUUCUAGUCCUAACACACAUGGGCUUGAGGAUUAGGUGAGUCGUUAAACUAGCUGUCUUAGUGCUGGACUGGAGCAAAUGCCUGCACAACCUAUAGCUCUAGGAAGAGAGUUGGUGAUCAUUGCUAGUGUGAGUUAGGGCUUGCAGGGUACAUAGUGGGCAAACAGUCACGGUAAAGUAAAGUGGUGUGUAUUUGUAUUUAUUAGGGAUCUCCACUCUUCCUGGGGUCCAGACACAUUAAGGCACUUUACAUCACACAUAAAACAAAAUAUAACAGUACAUCAUAACAUUAUUACACCACUACAUGUCUACAAUACAAAAUGUAUAAUACCACCAUGCUACAAUAUUACAAUGUACGUGUGCUAGCGUGCGUAUGUGUGUGUCUACCUGUGUGUGUGCCUCUUCACAGUCCUUGCUGUAAUGUGACAUGUGACAUGGAACUUUGACCAGGAAAAACUCAGGGCCCUAGUUAUGCCAUCUUGUAGUUCAGAAUGGAAACACUGUGCUUUUCAUCCCGAAAACAAGAACAACCAGUACCACAGUCCUUUGUUUAGUAAUUCAGCUCUCAUUCCAAUGAAUUUAACUACAGAUUCUGAAAAGUUCCAAUGAGACACCACCAGUCACCGUUUUCUUCUCUCUAACCCCCAUGAUGGUCUUAUCACCAGUUUACCAGACUAGACUGAGGAACUCAAAGCCUGCAUGUCAAUGAAGGAGCUUAUUUUGCAUGAUAACUGCCUAUGAGUUCCCUCUUUCUUAUGUUUGGUUUCAUAGUAGAAGAAAAAUGCCCUAUUACUCUGUGUGUGUCUACCACAACAAUGAUAAUCAAUCCCGUAACCUACAAUCUAUAUAAUUGGUUGUUUCCUCGUUAAGAUGGUACAGUUUAAUUACAACCCAAUUUAAGAUUUUACAGCUGGACGGCUAGAGAGAAUAAUGUAGCAUGUCACUUCAUCCCUCAUAGCGCUUCUCAAUUAUUCUUACAUCGUUGGCAUUUAUAAUUGAUAUCUCACUCCAGAGUUGUGAGAGACUGUUAUGACAAAGAUAUUCAGUAAAGGGAAGGGGCACAAUACAAGCCGUGCUAAAUAUAGCGUGUUCUCAGACAUCCUAGCCGCACUAAAGUGUUUGAGUUUAAGUUAAUUGUAGGCUACUCUUUCACAGAGGUGACGAUUUGGCAAUUCAAGACGGCAAAACACAAAAGCUGCAACACAACACGUCCAAUAUUUCCUGCUGUCAAAGAGCUCCUGCUGUUGUACAUAAUGGUAUAGGCCUAAACCCGUUUCUUAAGUUCCUCGCGACCCCCAAAGCUGAUAUUUCAGACGUUAACUCAUUAAGCUCGUGGUGGGUGAACCCGGUCCUAAAAAUGUGGUAACUUUUUUCAAGUGUUCAAAUCUUCACAUAUCAAAGAAAAAAAACAGACCAAAAAAAUAAACUGUUGGUAACCCUAGUUGGCAGGUAUAAUCGAUUAUCUGGUUAUAAUGCUUCUUAAGACUGUCAUAAGCAUGUAUGACCUCCAUAUAAUGUUUCAUAAUCAUCUCAUAUGUUUCCCCUUCACAGAACGACGUGAUCUCCAAGCUGUGUACUUGUGCCAUCUCCCUGGCCAUCUUCCUGUCCGUGUCUAAGAUCUUUCCUGUGGAGCGCUCCAUCGACGACAAGUUCAUCGCCUCUACCCCCUUCAUCCUCCAGGUCCUCUACCUGUACCUCUCCAUGCUGGCCACCAGGCCCAAGUACUACUUCAUUUGGACCCUGUGUGAGUGCACUUUAUUAUUCAUGUGACUAAAUGUGAAGUAAGUAUUUGGGAUUUGAAGGCUGUUGGGGGAGAAUUAUGUGGGUGCUAUUUUAUUUUGUAUUUUACCUUUAUUUUACUAGGUAGGUCAAUUAAGAACAAAUUCUUAUUUACCAUGAUGGCCUGGCAAAAGGCCUCGUGGUGCAGGGGGUGGGGAUUAAAAGUGUAAGACAAGACGGACAACAUAUACAGAAGUAUUUGGGAUUUGAAGGCUGUUGGGGGAGAAUUAUGUGGCUGCUAGCCACCGCAUAUAACAAAUCAGGGUGAUAUUGGCUCUGACAGUGGCCCUUUUUAAAGUCACACAAAACAGUUGGGCUACUUUUUUGAGUUGUGUUACACUGCCCUCCUGUGUCAAUGUGGAGAACAAUACCCCCAAAGAGCCUCUGCAUUCAGUCGUAGGCCUACAACAGUCAAACAGAAUGGUCUUGACAGUAAGGGAUAUUGUUAUUCUUUGUUGGCCAGUGGCAUUCUGCCUGGUAACUUUUCUGUUGUCUUUUCCCAUUGGACAGCUGAUGCCAUCAACAACGCUGCAGGCUUUGGCUUCAAUGGCUACAACAAAGAUGGCACCCCAAGAUGGGACCUGAUAUCCAACUUGAGAAUACUGGACAUUGAGGUAAGCCUUUUUUAUUAUUCACAUUUCACCAGUACUGUAGAAGUAGGCUAUUAUUCAGUAUUUUGGCUACAUUCACUACAUCAUCACUCUUUCCAGUUUGCCACCAGUUUCAAGAUGUUCCUCGACAACUGGAAUAUUCAGACAGCGCUUUGGCUCAAAAGGUAAACUACAUCAUAAACCAGAUUGCGCUGUACUAUCUCACAACAGUAGUCAUGUAUAUUGUAGAUAUACUGUCAUGUAGAUUGUACGAUCACAGAUAGUAGGCUUAUAUCAGUAGUAAUGCUGAUAAUGCACUGAAUCGGCACUGGUCUACUAGCACUGCGUCUGGGCCAUUAUCUCUACACAGGUUGGGAUGCUAAUGAUUUUGUUAGUUUCAGCUAGUGUGCUAAUGCUUUAUCUGCAUCAUGUGCAGUCAGGCUGAGAUGCUAGUCUUGUGAUUAGCGGGGAUGCUAAUACUAUAUCUGUACCAUGUCUGUCUUCAACAGGGUGUGUUACGAGCGCUGUCCCAUCAACCCCACAGCGGCCACCUUCCUACUGUCGGCCAUGUGGCACGGAGUGUACCCCGGGUACUACCUCACCUUCCUCACGGGCAUUGGCAUGACCAUGGCAGCACGGGCAGUGAGUACACAGCCAACACAGCUGGUGUUACCGACCUGGAAUCAAACCCGGGUUGUCUGCACACCCUUAGCCCUUUGAGCUAAAGCCUAGGUGUCAUCUCUAGGAGUGAACACGAGUCCUCUGGUGUUAGGCAGGAUUACAUGGGUUGUCAGUACAACUCAAAACUGCAUUGGCCCUCUGAGCUAAAGCCAAGGUGUUAACUCUGGCAGCUAACAUAAAUCCUCAGGUUUCAGGCAAGGUUACAAAAGCACAUAAUUUAGCUGCUGUUGCCCCAUCUCAUUUGUCAAUGCAUUUGUCACAGUCACCAUUAGUGAAAUGGUGGAAUGUUUAUGUAAAGACAGCAGAGAGAUAACACAGGGGGAGACUGAGCCGUUACCCUGUUCUGAUUUAAACAGGAGGCUAUAAAACUACAGGUCCUGUGCACUGGCCGCUAGGAUUUAAAGCUCAUACCCCUUGGCACAGCGGUUGUGUGUGGGGGUGGGUGGGAGUCAUGCUUACGCAUGAGCAAUACGCGAGCAAGGGUGUGUGUAGCAGUAUGAUAGAGCCUGAGAUCACAGGGUAAUGGACAUGGUGACAGUAGGAGAGUCGUAGAGGACAGAGAGGCCUAUGGCAGACAGUGUCCUUAGAUAACCUCCACCUCUCCUCAACACUUGGCUCCAUUCUCCCUCUACAUCACAUCUAGGAAUAACACUGUCACAAAUGUCAUGAUACACAGAACUAGAUAGGGACUAUGUUAUGAUUCCCUAUCCGAAAGUGUGCACUUUGCACUCACUUACCCUCAUGGAUUAAUUUAAGCAUUGGAUUGGAUUGGAUUGGUGUAAGCAUGUAUGUAUGUGAGUUUCCAUGCGUCAUGUUUGUUAGACCAGUGCAUUCUCUUACAAACCAUGAGGGGGAGUGAAUGAGUGCAAACCUCUGUGAGAACGGUAGCGAAUCGCAUCUCAUCUCAAAUAAUUUCAGAAAGUCAAAGCUCUACUUUUGAGAUUCAUAUUGCUACUAAAUGCAUUCUAAAUACAGGUCAUGGUUGAGUUAUGCACUAAUGAUGAAGUACAUUGCUUCUGUUCAUGUAAGAUAAAGAACGGGGUCAGUAAACUUCUUCUUAAGAGUUUAUAAUGGCUACAACAUGCCUAUUAUGUCUGGAAGCUGAUUUGUUCCUGGGGUUGUUACUGUGCCUUCACUGAUUGGUCUAUCUUCUAUACUACAAGUUUUGUUUUUACUUUCUGUAUCUUAAAGUCAAUGCAACAUACUGUUUUGAAGGGGUUGCUAUGUGGUUUAUUCACAAUUUCUUCAUUUGGCUCACUUCCAGCUAAGACACAACAUCAGACCGUACUUCCUGGGUUCAACGACACACAAGAGCGUCUACGAUGUCAUCACGUGGGCGGGGACUCAGAUCGCCAUCUCCUACACGGUUGUGCCAUUCGUCCUAUUGGCCGUUGGGCCAUCACUCAAGUUCUACAGGUGAGUGACAUUACUGAUAUUCCAAAUGCUCUACCAGUACUAUUGAAAUGUAAUACAUCAUGUAAGAAGUUAUGUUAUAUGUAACAAUGUAGGCCUAUAUUCAAACGUAUAGCUUAUUAAUACCCGUGUAGACUACAAAUGGUGAGUGGCACAUACCGUGUUGGGUCCUAAGAAUCCUGGGAAGCACCACCAAGUUCAAAACCCCUGUACGUUUUAUGGGGAAUUUUAACAAAUUCCUGUUUAAAAAGGCAGGCCAAUAAAACGCAAAUGAGCAUGGCAGACAGGCACACAGCACAGAUAAUUAGCUCUGUUCCACUUUCUUUGUGGCCCCUUUUAGUGGCAAACAAGACCACUAAUUGACUAGAAGACUUUAUGCGAUCAGGGCACUCCAGUAAAAUGGAGGCAAAUGUACGGUGUCAUCUGCCAGGGUGAGGAGUGUAUAAACCCAGUCAUUAAACAGGACCGUUGGGGGACGGCUGGCUGCUGAAAUGGAAGGAGGGAGGGAGUGGGUCUUGAGGACCUAGUAUUCCCAUAAUCACAAAUACACUGACUGCAGGUACAUAAAGCGCAGGAUUUUCUAUCCCAUUAGGAUUAGCUAGAAUAACUUGUUGGGACCCAUAAUGAGUCCAUAUCAUUUGUAUUCACAGUGACGUUUUGCCAACUCUUCUGAAAUCUUUACGCCACAUAGAAAAUUCACCUAGGCAUGCUCUUUCAGGGGCUUAGGCCUGGAUUUGUGUUUUGUGACAAAUGCAUUUGUGAACAAUGCUAUACCGAACAGAUGACAUUGGAUUGAUUACUUCACUGAUUGAUUGAUUUCUCUCUCGCCAGGUCAUGGUACUGCUGCAUACACAUGGCCUGCCUGCUGCUGGUGUUAGCCCUUCCAGUGAAGCCACGGCACCUCCGCGCCAAGGAGGAGCAACAGCAGCAGAACAGCCUACAGGGGGGGUUGACCGGAGACCACAACAGCCACUCCAUCACAGACAACAACUGCAACCAGAAACACAAAGCCACAUGAGACCAGGGAGGAAGCACCUCCACCCCACACCUCAGAGCUCAAACAACCGGCACAGAGAGAACAAAACUCUGCGCGAACACUGAGACAAAGUGCAGCGAUUCUUUGAGACCACAAAGAACCAAUAAAUGGACAGGAACACAGGAAUAACAGACAAUAACAAACUCAGUUCAACAACAACAACCCAUCAAACCUUCCAGUAGCGAGGAACGACAGCAAAUCAUGCUUUGGAGAAAUGAGAAGAAACGAGAGGAAUGGAUAGAGAUAAGUAUCCGAGGGCCACUAAACAGCUAGGAUCUAAUGAGUGAUAAUAAUGACAUUAGCGAUGAUGCUAACAGUGCGAUGCUAAAUGACAGAAUGCCGAAGAAUGCAAAACUGACUGAAGUUUCCUUACCCUCUAUGUACUGCUAGCAGGUUAGCGGCUAGGCUAGGUGCAGAUUCUGCAGGGUGAGAAUGGUUGUGUGGAGGGGAGCACUUGUGGCAUUGGGAAAUGAAGCAGUUGCAGUUGGACCUCCAGAGGGUAGAGGGCUAGUCAGACAGGUAUCGAGAGGAUUUUUGUCAGGGUCCGAAAACGAUGUAACCUCUACUAGGAAAACAGGUGUAGUAGAAAAUUGAAAGAGAUAUGAAAUAAAUAACUUUUUUGUCAGAUGCCAACUUCAAGCAGGCCUUAGGAUCCUCUAAACAUUGUUUGAUUACUCUCACUUCUUUCACUUUUUUUCAUAUCUGCUGCUUUUUUGGAAUGAUACUCGUUCUUUAAAGAGGGUUCAUUACAAAGGGAGUAUAUUCACGGUAAUUGUUUAAGGGCUUUUUUGACAUGGGGUUAAUUCUGUCUAGCUUCCUUGUUUUCCUACUGUAUCUGAUUACAAACUGUAGGUUUCCUCUAGGUUCAAAUGUCUUGCCUACCACUGUAACAUCAUUUACAAGUUCAGUACUGUUAAACUAGUUUGAAAUCUUCAGAGGCUUCUAGAUUUACUAUGAACUCAAAUGGAAAUCUCCCUCUAGAUUAGUUUUUGAAUCCAUAGCCUCUAAAUGAAAUGCAACAAACUGUAUUGUUUGAACUAAUCGCUCGUGGACAGACUGACCAAACUAUGCGAGAUUUUAGUUCAGGGUUAACCAAGAUUAUUUGUGACCUUUCUAUAUGAGUAAUUGGAUAUAGGAUGUGACGCUUACUAUCACAAUACAAAUAAAGCUGAUUUGGAUGUGUAUGAAUUACCUUUAGUAACAUUAAAAGGUUGGGCAAUAUGUAUUUGACAUUUGGGAAACCUACUGUCUAUAAUAUUAUUUGUACAUAUUUGACAUAAUAUUUGGAAUAAUGGAAAACAUAAUUAUUAUGCUCCAAUCAUGAACCAUAACUUGUAUGCUCGCUUGUUUAAUUACUGUAAUGUGGAAAACACUGGUGUACAAGAGUUCUAUCAGGUGGGUCCAACCAACUCUUCUGGGGGGGGGUUAAUUGUGGUGCAGAGGACAGCCCAUGAGCAUAACCUACACAUGUCCUGAUUAAUGUUCCACAGUGCUCUGUUUCUGGAGAGGUAUGGAACAUUCCAUCUCAUACAGUGCAGGCAGGCAUUGAUGUGGCAUAGCCACAACAUAUUUUUGACCAUACACCAUUCAUUAGAUGGUAAGAGUUGGAUAAGUACUGUAGUACAACCAAGAUGGCAGCCAAUGACUCAGUUUAGGGGGUAUAUUUUGUGAUAAUAAGUAACAACCAUGCAGCAGUUUUCCAAUGUAAUCUUUCCCAAAAGUGCAUACUCCUGCCAUAAAUGUGUGUAUGUAAUUUUUUGAUGUUCAUGUGGUCUAUAAGUGUAUUUGUAGCCAAGGUGUAAAUGCCUGAGGGGAAAGGGAUGCCAUCUUUACCAGCAAGUUGAUAAUUGCACUGCAUGGCCACCCAAACUUAGCCUGGUGAAACCAGACUGAACACUACGCUCACUAUAGUUUGUGUAGUAUUCAGUCUGGUUUAACUAGGCUACCCCAAACCAGCAGAUCAAUGCAAACUGCUCCGUAUGUCCAAAGUGCCAUGUCAUAAAGGCCCAUAUAUGUUGUACGUGCGUGUGUGAAAGCAUAAUGGUUAUUUUUGUGUCAAGAAAGAAGAAACUUCCGGAAAGAUUUGUAUAAUAGUACUUCAAAAACUGAUUUAUGUCAAAGGGAAAUUAUUUUUUAAAUACUAAUACAGAGAUUUGAAACCAGA